ACAGCGACCUGCUCGGUGAUGGAGGAGGACGAGGAGGCGGCGUCUCCCGAGGCAGCGCGGACAGGUGGUGCUGCUCCGCGGCCGCUGGACCACACAGCUGCCUGUUGUCAUGGAGGAGCAAAGAUGGCGCUCCUGGCCUACAGCCUGGGCAAACGCGAAAUAAACCACCAUUUCACCAUCAGGAAUGCCAAGCUGAUCUCGCUGUCGGUCGUGACGCUGCUGCUCCUGUUCCACGCGGCUCUUCGUUACUAUGGAGGCGGAGACUCAUGUGAAUGGCUGCUGACCAGAGGACGCUACUUGGGAGAGAAUGUAUGGCAGCCCUACGGCUGUAUGAUGCACAAGUACAAAAGCAUUGAAGCCAAAACAUGCCUUACAGAGAAACGGGUGGCCUUUGUCGGUGAUUCACGAAUCAGGCAGCUGUUUUACUCCUUUGUCAAAAUUAUUGACCCCGAACGAGCGGAAGAUGGAAACAAGCACGAGGACAUUUUCUUUCAGGAUAAGAGGUCCUCUCUGAAAGUGGACUUUCUUUGGUAUCCAGAGGCGAAUAACUCCAUGAAAGAGCGCGUGACCUUAUGGACUCAUGAAGCUUCCACAAAACCAGAUGUCGUUAUCAUCGGAGCUGCCACGUGGUCCAUCAAGUUGCACAGUGGCAGCAGUGAGACCCUUCAGCAGUACAGAACCAACCUGACAGCCAUCGCUGUGCACCUGGACAGGCUGGCUGACCAUGGGGAGGUGUACUGGGUCCUGCAAGACCCAGUAAAUGAGGAGAUGCUGAGUGAGAACAGGAAGAUGAUCACCAACCAGCAGCUGGAGCUGUACAACGAAGCAGCGAUGAACGUGCUCAACAGCAGCAAGUUUAACGGCAGAUCUCGGGUCAAGCUGCUGGCAGCUUCCCGCCAGGCUGCCCUGGAAACCAUCACCCAGUCAGACGAUGGUUUACACCUGCCUGAGAGCACCAGGAAUGUGGGAGCCAUGAUCCUUAUGAACUCUAUAUGCAACAAACUACUGCGUCCCAUCGAUGGCUCCUGCUGCCAGACAUUGCCACCCCUAAACCUUUCCCAAAAACUCUCAGCUUGUUUUUUCCUGGUCUCAGCCAUGGUGUUUGUGGUCCUCCAUGUCCUUGGCAACAAUCGCCACCGGCGACAUGUUCCCCCCGACGUGGAGAGUCUCGAGGAGAAGAAGCCAGCCACUGCGGUUGUACCCCUUGGACCAAAGGCGCCUUUCCAGGCUCUCUGCAGGAUGGGUGUUAUAAUGGCUUACUUCUACCUCUGUGACAGAGCCGAUGUGUUCAUGAAGGAGCAAAAGUUCUACACACACUCCACGUUCUUCAUCCCCCUCAUCUAUAUACUGAUUCUGGGAGUGUUUUACAGUGAGAACAGCAAAGAGACUAAAUUACUCAACCGAGAACAAACGGAUGAGUGGAAAGGCUGGAUGCAGCUCGUCAUCCUCAUCUAUCACAUUUCUGGAGCCAGUGCUUUCAUUCCAGUGUACAUGCAUGUGCGGGUGCUGGUUGCAGCGUACCUCUUUCAGACCGGCUACGGACACUUUUCCUUUUUCUGGCUCAAAGGAGACUUUGGACUUUACAGAGUUUGUCAGGUGCUGUUCCGGCUGAACUUCCUGGUGUUGGUGCUUUGUGUUGUAAUGGACAGACCGUACCAGUUUUAUUACUUUGUCCCUUUGGUAACAUUCUGGUUUGUCCUCAUCUACUCCACAAUGGCCAUGUGGCCUCAGAUCCUUCAGAAGAGGACCAACAGCAGUGGGAUGUGGCAUCUUGGGGUUCUGGUGAAGUUACUCAGCCUCCUGUUGUUCAUCUGCUCUUUUGCCUUUUCACAGAGGUUUUUUGAGAACACCUUCUCUGUGUGGCCCACCUCCAAGCUCUUUGAGCUAAAUGGAAGCGUUCAUGAGUGGUGGUUCAGAUGGAAGCUGGACCGAUUUGUAAUGAUUCAUGGGAUGGUGUUUGCCUUCAUCUACCUGGUGCUGCAGAAGCGUCAGGUGCUGUCAGAGGGCAAAGGAGAUGCUCUCUUCCCUGCAAAGAUUUCCAACCUGCUCCUAUUCCUCUCUGUUGUCUCCUUUAUAACGUAUUCAGUUUGGGCGAGCAGCUGCAAAACCAAAGCGGAGUGCAAUGAGAUGCAUCCUUACAUCUCUGUGGUCCAGAUUUUGGCCUUCAUUCUUAUCAGAAACAUUCCAGGCUACGCCCGCUCUAUUUAUAGCUCAUUCUUCUCAUGGUUUGGAAAGAUCUCCUUGGAGCUGUUCAUUUGUCAGUACCACAUCUGGCUUGCAGCAGACACCAAGGGAAUUUUGGUCCUCAUCCCAGGAAACCCUUCACUCAACAUCCUGGUGAGCACCUUCAUCUUCGUUUGCGUGGCACACGAGGUUUCCCUCAUCACCAACGACCUGGCCCAGGUGGUCAUCCCAAAAGACGGCAUGGCCCUGCUGCGGAGACUGGGGGCGGUGGGGGUCUUCAGUCUGCUUGUGCUGCUGUGGAGUGAGGGGAACCAGCUCACGCCUGGAACUUGAUGGACACCCCAUGAUGGAGGAUGAUGAUUAGUCUGUGGAAACUGAAGUGUGGUACAGAAUCGAGUCUACUGGUGGUCACGAGCAGAACCAUAGUAACCAGUGGGGGGACGCUGUCGGCCUUUAUUAUUUGACUGCUACAACCCACAUAAAGUGAUAAAAAGGUCUGAAACGGGGCGUGGAUCUUUUGAGGGUCGUGUGCAAAAUACAAAACAGUAAGACCGAAUAAAACCACUGAAAUGUUUACAUGCGUGUAGAUUUGGAAGAGUUGCUCUUGUUUCAGGGCGCCAUGUCUGCAGUUCAGGCAUGGCGUCUCUUCAGCCCAACACUGACAGGAAGCUGGUUUGAUCAUGUGUUCCUGUCAUCCCUCAUCUGUGGCAGAAAUCCCUCCGUCCACAAAACUUUAGCUGGAUCAGCAUAUUUAGAUGUUUCCUCUUUUUACAACAAACUAAAUUGUGCUGCGUUUUACCAUUAGUUCUAAUUUACGCAACUAUUGGCUGAUUUAAAACAAA